UCAACCAGAAAAGAAACUGGUGAAGAAGCUGGACACUGUACUAAAGAAGCACGAAAGAAAUGUCAUUGCUGUGUGUUGGAGUGAAGAAAGCCAAGCUUGAUGGACCCCAAGAGAAAUUUAACGCAUACGUGACCCUGAAGGUACAGAAUGUUAAGAGCACAACCAUUGCCGUGCGUGGUAGUCAACCAUGUUGGGAGCAGGACUUCAUGUUUGAAAUAAACCGCCUGGAUCUGGGCCUCACAGUAGAGGUGUGGAACAAAGGGCUGAUCUGGGACACCAUGGUGGGCACCUUAUGGAUACCCCUAAGCAACAUACGGCAGUCCAACGAGGAGGGUCCAGGUCAGUGGCUGACUCUGGACUCUAAUGUGAUCAUGGCUGAAAAUGAGAUCUGUGGAACCAAAGACCCAACCUUUCACAGGCUGCUGCUCGACACCCGCUUUGAACUGCCAUUAGACAUUCCAGAGGAAGAGGCCAGAUACUGGGCCAAGAAACUUGAACAACUAAACGCAAUGAGAGAUCAAGAUUAUGGCUAUCAAGAAGAACAGGAGCGACCACUUCAUGCACCAUCCACGCAGUGCUGUAAUUGGAGUCUGUGGGGAGAUCAACAGAACGAGGACCCAGACAGUGCUGUCGAUGACAGGGACAGUGACUACCGUAGUGAGACCAGUAACAGCAUCCCACCUCCCUACUACACCACGUCCCAGCCCAAUGCUUCCAUGCACCAGUAUCCCAUGAGGCAUCAGCACUACAGGCAUUCUUACACUGACGACAUCCACGAACUGGACUACGAUCACAGAACCAUGAGUCCCACAGACAGUCGGUAUGCCUCGUCAGGCGAGUUGAGUCGAGGCAGCUCUCAGCUUAGUGAGGAGUUUGUUCCUGAGGAUGGCGAAAGCUUACGAGGUUCAGAAUUCUAUGAUGAAAACGACUCGUACCACUCCUGCCACUCCUCUGUCAGCUAUGGCAAAGAAGACUCCCCGGUCUGGGAUGGUGAGGAACAGCAAGGUGUUUACAGCGACGAGGGAGGCUAUCUUAAGGAUGGAGGGGAGGAGGGUGCACUGUAUGAUGAAGAGGAGGGAGAUGUAUAUCCAGAGGAAGGCGAAUACAACUAUGAAGAUGAGGAAGAGAUGCCAUAUGAUGAAGAUGAAGAUAUGUAUCCUCUGGACAGAAUGCAAAGUGAAGAUCGGGAGCCUCCCUAUACUCCAACACCCUCGAGCACCACACCCACCCUGAUGCCCCCCUCUGAUGGUCUGUCUUCCACCAGACCGCCAUUGGAGAAGCAGGCAUCAUUACAUCAGCAGCAGAUUGCCCACGAUCAGUCCAAGUUCCCAGGCACAGCUCCCGAUCUACCUCCUGUCUCACAGGACAGCAUGUUGCCCCCUGUUGCUGCAGAGUCCACCAUGCCUCCCUUUGCAACAUCACGGCAAGAUCUCUCUGUCACAACAACAUCCAUCCCCACAGCUACAUCACAGGUUCCAGCUCUGGACACGAAGCCCCUGGAACCUGAGCCCAAAUCUAACACAUCUGGGGAGGAACUUCAUCCUAUUGAGCCUCCUCCAGCACCAGAGACUGCACUGCCAGCUCCUGAGGAGAAAACAGAGGAGCCUCCUGUUCCAAUCUUCCCAAAGAGGGAAAUCAUGGAGCCAGGUCCUGCCAGAGCCAAGGCUAACUGGCUUCGACUUUUCAGCAGAGUACGACUACAACUACAAGAGGCCCGAGGAGAAAGUGUCGGCAUAGCCUCUCUGCUUUUAUCAGCAGGCAUGGGUGGUGCUCUGUAUAGCAUCGACAGCAUGCCAGACCUCAGGAAAAGGAAAGCUAUGCCUCUGGUCAGAGAUCUGGCAAUGUCAUUGGUCCAGAACUCCAGGAAGGCAGGCAUCACCUCAGCCCUCACAUCUAGCACCCUGCAUAAUGAAGAACUGAAGAGUCACGUCUAUAAGAAGACCCUCCAGGCCCUUAUAUAUCCUAUCUCCUGCACCACACCACACAACUUUGAGGUGUGGACAGCCACCACGCCCACUUACUGCUAUGAGUGUGAAGGAUUGCUGUGGGGUAUUGCUCGCCAAGGCAUGCGCUGUACUGAAUGUGGAGUCAAAUGCCACGAAAAGUGCCAAGACCUGCUCAAUGCCGAUUGUCUGCAAAGAGCAGCAGAGAAGAGCUCCAAACAUGGUGCAGAGGACCGAACCCAGAACAUCAUCAUGGUUCUUAAGGACCGCAUGAAGAUCCGUGAGAGAAACAAACCCGAGAUUUUUGAGCUCAUUCAGGAGGUGUUCUCUGUGGUCAAAGCUACUCAUGUCACCCAUAUGAAGCAGAUCAAACAGAGUGUACUUGAUGGAACCUCAAAAUGGUCAGCCAAGAUUAGCAUUACAGUGUUGUGUGCUCAGGGUCUACAAGCCAAGGAUAAAACUGGUUCCAGUGAUCCUUAUGUAACUGUCCAGGUAGGAAAAACAAAAAAGAGGACCAAGACCAUCUACGGCAACCUCAACCCUGUCUGGGAGGAAACGUUUAAUUUUGAAUGCCACAACUCCUCAGACCGCAUUAAGGUGCGAGUUUGGGACGAAGACGAUGACAUUAAGUCUCGUGUGAAGCAGAAAUUCAAGCGAGAGUCAGAUGACUUCCUUGGUCAAACUAUCAUUGAGGUGCGCACUCUGAGCGGAGAGAUGGACGUCUGGUACAAUCUGGACAAACGUACGGACAAGUCAGCUGUGUCUGGGGCUAUCCGCAUGCACAUUAGUGUGGAGAUCAAAGGAGAGGAGACUGUUGCCCCGUAUCAUGUUCAGUACACCUGUCUGCAUGAGAAUCUCUUCCAUUACGUGACAGAUAUCCAGAAUAACGGUGUGGUAAAGAUCCCUGAUGCCAAAGGAGAUGAUGCAUGGAAGGUCUAUUUUGAGGAGACUCCCCAAGAAAUAGUGGAUGAGUUUGCCAUGCGCUAUGGAGUGGAGUCCAUUUACCAGGCCAUGACCCACUUUGCCUGCUUGUCCUCUAAGUACAUGUGCCCUGGUGUGCCUGCAGUGAUGAGCACCCUGCUGGCUAACAUCAAUGCCUACUAUGCUCACACCACCCAGGCAACCAACAAUGUGUCUGCAUCUGAUCGCUUUGCUGCUUCGAAUUUUGGGAAGGAGCGAUUUGUCAAGCUGCUUGAUCAGUUGCACAACUCUCUGAGGAUCGAUCUGUCAAUGUACCGAAACAACUUCCCAGCCAGCAGUCCUGAAAGGUUGCAAGACCUCAAGUCCACUGUGGACCUCCUCACCAGUAUCACCUUCUUCAGAAUGAAGGUCCAAGAGCUUCAGUCUCCACCCAGAGCCAGUCAGGUAGUGAAAGACUGUGUCAAAGCCUGCCUCAACUCCACUUACGAGUACAUCUUUAAUAACUGCCAUGAACUCUACAGUCGCGAGUACCAAACAGACCCGGCUAAACAGGGUGCUGUGCCUCCAGAGGAGCAAGGACCCAGCAUCAAGAAUCUGGACUUCUGGUCCAAAUUAAUCACACUUAUUGUCUCCAUCAUUGAGGAGGACAAGAACUCUUACACUCCCUGCCUAAAUCAAUUUCCCCAGGAGCUCAAUGUGGGUAAAAUCAGUGCUGAAGUGAUGUGGAACCUGUUUGCUCAGGAUAUGAAGUAUGCAAUGGAAGAACAUGAAAAAAACCGCUUGUGCAAGAGUGCAGAUUACAUGAACCUGCACUUCAAGGUGAAGUGGCUGUACAACGAGUACUGCAAAGACCUGCCCUUCUUCAAGAGCAGAGUGCCUGAAUAUCCUGCGUGGUUUGAGCCGUUCGUCAUCCAGUGGCUGGACGAAAACGAAGAAGUCUCCCGUGACUUUCUGCAUGGUGCUUUGGAAAGAGACAAAAAAGAUGGGUUCCAGGUCACAUCCGAACAUGCUCUUUUCUCCUGUUCGGUGGUGGAUGUGUUUUCCCAGCUCAACCAGAGCUUUGAGAUCAUCAGGAAGUUAGAGUGUCCGGAUCCACAGAUUGUCGGACACUACAUGAAGCGAUUUGCCAAGACUAUCAGCAAUGUACUGCUGUCCUAUGCUGAUAUCAUCUCCAAGUUGUUUGCCAACUAUGUUACCAUGGACAAAGUACCCUGCAUCCUGAUUAACAACAUCCAGCAGCUGAGGGUUCAGUUGGAGAAGAUGUUUGAAGCCAUGGGUGGAAAAGACCUAUGUGUGGAGGCCAGUGAUAUCCUGAAAGAUCUGCAGGUUAAGCUCAACAAUGUCAUGGACGAUCUGAGCAGGGUGUUUUCUGUCAGUUUCCAGCCUCAUAUUGAGGAGAAUGUGAAGCAGAUGGGAGACAUCUUGGCUCAAGUGAAGGGAACAUCAAAUGUAGGAAAUGCCAGCAGCGUGGCCCAAGAUGCUGACAAUGUCCUGCAGCCAAUCAUGGAGUUCCUGGACAGCAACCUAACUCUGUUUGCUAAAAUCUGUGAGAAGACUGUGCUGAAACGUGUAUUAAAGGAGCUGUGGAAGUUGGUGAUGAACACCAUGGAGAAGACCAUCGUCCUGCCUCCUCUAACAGACCAAACGAUGAUUGGGAGGCUGAAGAGUGCUUCUCACAGUGAUGGCACUCAGCUCAUCUUUAAUGCUGCCAAAGAGCUCGGCCAGCUUUCCAAGCUGAAGGAGCACAUGGUUCGUGAGGAGGCCAAAGCAUUAACACCCAAGCAGUGUGCUGUGAUUGAGUUGGCUCUGGAUACCAUCAAGCAAUACUUCCAUGCUGGUGGUGUGGGUCUGAAGAAAACCUUCUUGGAGAAAAGUCCUGACCUCCAGUCUCUCCACUAUGCGCUGUCCCUCUACACGCAGGCCACAGACAAACUAAUUAAGACUUUCGUACAGUCACAGAAUGCACAAGUGUUCGGCGGCAAGGGGGUGAGAUUCACCACUAGUGAAGAUGUUUACCCAGAAAAGGGAUCCGGCGUGGAUGAUGCAGUGGGAGAAGUGUCCAUCCAUGUGGAGAUUUUCACUCAUCCAAACACCGGAGAGCACAAAGUCACAGUUAAAGUGGUUGCUGCCAAUGACCUGAGGUGGCAGACACAAGGAAUAUUCCGGCCAUUUGUGGAGGUCUUCAUCAUUGGCCCUCACCUGAGCGACAAGAAGAGAAAAUACGCCACCAAGUCAAAGAACAACAGCUGGGCUCCCAAAUAUAAUGAAACCUUCUCCUUCACCCUGAGCAAUGAGGUGGGUCCUGAGUGUUAUGAGCUGCAGGUGUGUGUGAAGGACUACUGCUUUGCUCGAGAGGACCGCACUGUGGGCAUGGCUGUCUUGCAGCUAAAGGACGUUGCCUCCAAGGGCAGCGUCGCCUGCUGGUUGCCGCUGGGUAAACGCAUCCACAUGGAUGAGACAGGCCUCACCGUCCUGCGCAUCCUCUCCCAACGCAACAACGACGAUGUGGCCAAGGAGUUCGUCAAGCUCAAGUCGGACCAGCGUUCUGCAGAGGAGGGCCGCAGUUAAAGAGGCAAAGCAGAUUUUAAAACACCACGUUCACAUCUACUGCCCUGCAGCUCUCCUGAGCCACUGCAAGUCACUGCCUGGAUAAUCCAGUGUUGUAAAAGCACAGAUAAAACAAGAGUCACAACACAUCCAAUGCUGUAAAUAUUUAUAUUUCAAUGGAAAAGACACAGGUUGAAGUAAGCAUCCUUCUUUCUUAAAAGAGGGUACCAGUGUCUUCAUUGUUGCUGAUGUUAUAGUUCAUCCUUUUGAUUAACAAAAAAGUUUAAUCAUAUUGGAGCAUAUUUCUACUUUCUUCUAUACACAUACAAACACACAUACGCCUAAUUUGACAGAUGAGGGUGAGACAAUCUUGUAGCCUUUAAUAUUUUGGCUUUAUCUCUCACUCUUCUCUGCCUUUUUAACUUCUCCUUCCCUCCCCUGUACUGUCCACUUCCUCUCGCCCUUUCCUCCAGUUCGUGCCCACUUAGAGAAGGGACCGCAAGUGCCAAUAGAUAAUUACUAAAAUAUGCCAAGACCAGUCCCAAGCACAACAGGACCAACCGUCCAGCUGACCCAUAAACAGCAAGAAAACAUUCCAGAUAUCGGAUUGGGGACACAUACAGGGAAUGACGCACUAUAAGAUUUUGAGUUUGUUUACUUCCUUAAUCUAGAUUCUAUUUAAGUAAUUCUAUAUAUCACACACAUAUAUAUUUAUUAUAUAUAAAAGGUCAUAUAUAUAUAUAUAUAAAGAUGCUUACAGGAUUACUGGAUGGACAUGUGGUACUUGAAGGAUUGUCCUUGUCUGUCUUUCUGUCCCUCUACCCUGUAACAGAGCACACUGCCUGACACCCUCAAUGCCUUCUGUCUUGUUGACCCUUGUACAGUAUGUCAGUGUAUUAUAUGAGGACUGUACAGAGAGAAGAAUCUGAUGAAAACAGCUGAGAGCGUUGGGAUUCAUCAGUAUAUAUACAAAUGUAAGCUUCAGAGUGAGUGUGUGUGAGUGUGAAUGCGUUUGAACAGUGUGUGUAUUUGUACUAUGUUCUAAUGUUGACCUCAUGUAGCUACCCGUGUUGCCUGUUACCUGCAUAUGAAGUCACAGAGAGAAGCCAUCACUAGCUGAUUAGAGUUGGGGAUUUCUUUUUGUUUCAGAAAGUUUUGUUUACUUUUACAAGGCCAAAAUACUUUGAUAGUUAUUUCAACCUUUUUUGUGUGUGCUACUGCAAACAUUCCUUGCAGCCCUAUAAAGGUUGUGUCAGC